AUGUCGAACCAGACCCCCGAUUCUUGGGAGGAUGAGCUCUCCCGCCAAACGGAGGGUGUCAACCUGAACGCACAAGGCCGUCCUCAGGCACAGGCGCCUUCAUUCCAGCCUGGCGCAACUUUCCAGCCCGGUGCUGCCUCUUUCACCCCCGGCGCCUCAUCCUUCGUGCCUGGACAGCAGUACCAGCAAUACGGUGGUGGUUACCAGUAUAACCAAUACGGUCAGCAAGCAUACGGUUACCCCCAGCAGUCCUACGGCCAACACGGUGCGUAUGGCCAGCAGCCCGGUGGAUACAACCAGUACUAUAACCAGCAACCUGGUGGCUUCCAGCAGCAGCAGCAGCAGCAACCUCGCCAGCCUGCUCCCGCCGCUGCCCAACCUGCCCCCAAGCCUGCCGUGAAUGCCUCCGCCGCCCCUCCCAAGGCCAAGGUCCUGUCCAUCGGUGCCACCACCUCCAGCGCCGCUCCUAAGGUUAAGGUGCUUUCGGUCGGAACUCCUACUCCUGCCCCCGCCGCUACCCCCGCCGCUGCGGCUACACCGAACACUACGACCAAGGGUGAUACCAAGGGUACUGAGGCUGCCGAGGCUGGUGCGAAGGUGACUGCCGCCAAGGCCAUUGAGAAGACCGAGAAGAAGGCCGAUGCCAAGGCAGCUGCUAGCGGCAAGACUUCUCCCAGUCCCUCAUCCGGUCGCUCUAGCCCUGGCCGUGGCGAGGUCGCCAAGGCUACCCGUGCCGCCGAUGCUGUGGCCAAAGCGCAACAAGCCGAUGUCGAUGAGGCAACUCUCAAGGAAAUCUACGGUGAGAGGCGCGAGCACAUCAAUGUUGUGUUCAUUGGCCACGUUGAUGCCGGAAAGUCUACCUUGGGUGGUUCUCUCCUGUACUCCACUGGCAUGGUCGAUGACCGGACUCUUGACAAGUACAAGAAGGAAGCUAAGGAAGCUGGUCGUGAGACUUGGUACCUCUCAUGGGCUCUGGAUUUGACCAAUGAGGAGCGUGCUAAGGGUAAGACUGUCGAAGUUGGUCGUGCUUUCUUCAAGGUCACAAUUCCCCACCCGGAUGGCCCCAUUGAGCGUCAAUUCUCCAUUCUUGAUGCGCCUGGCCACAAGUCUUACGUUCCCCACAUGAUUGGAGGUGCGUCCCAGGCUGAUUUGGGCUGUCUCGUCAUUUCCGCCCGUAAGGGUGAGUACGAGACUGGUUUCGAGAAGGGCGGCCAGACUCGUGAGCACGCUCUGCUUGCCCGCAACACCGGUGUUCAGAAGUUGGUCAUUGUCGUCAACAAGAUGGACGACCCUACCGUCGAAUGGAGCAAGGCUCGCUUCGACGAGUGUACCGUCAAGGUCAUUAAGUUCCUGGAAGCUCUUGGCUACAAGAAGAGCGAUAUCUUCUGCAUGCCCAUUUCCGCUCAGACUACUUUGAACAUUAAGGACAGACUUCCAGCCGGCGUCGCCCCCUGGUACGACGGCCCAUCUCUUCUGGAGUACCUGACGGACUUCAAGCUUCCCGAGCGUAAGAUCAACGCUCCUUUCAUGAUGCCUAUCAGCGCCAAGUACCGAGACAUGGGUACCAUGGCGGAAGGUCGUGUCGAGUCCGGUGUCAUCAAGAAGAACGGUAGUUAUCUCAUGAUGCCUAAUCGCACUGAGGUUCAGAUCUCUGCCCUUUACGGUGAAACCGAAGACGAAAUUUCCACCGCUUCAUGUGGUGACCAGGUCCGCAUGCGCCUGCGCGGUGUGGAAGAGGAGGACUUCUUCCCCGGUUUCGUACUCUGCUCUCCCAAGCGUCCUGUCCACUGUGUGUCUGCUUUCGAGGCCAAGAUCCGUAUUCUAGAUCUCAAGAACAUUCUCACUGCCGGUUUUAACUGCGUUCUUCACGUUCACUCCGCCAUUGAGGAAGUCACUUUUGCUGCUCUCCUCCACAAGCUGGAGCCUGGCACCGGCCGCAAAAGCAAGCGCCCCCCUCCAUUCGCCAACAGGGGUCAGACCAUUAUUGCCCGCCUUGAGGUGACCAGCACUGCUGGUGCCGUCUGUGUUGAGAGAUUCGAGGACUACCAGCAGCUGGGACGAUUCACCCUGCGUGAUCAGGGACAAACCAUUGCUAUUGGUAUGAUCACCAAGCUCAUCAUGCCGGAGAACGAAGAGUAA